CAUUAUCCAGUCGUUCUGCUCCACACUUGGUGUCAACUAAUGGAGUACAGUUAGCCAGAGCUUGCAGAGAGCGCGAGCGCGCGCGUGCGUGCGUUGGUAUUGCGUGAAGACCACGGCGAUGCUGGCGGCUGGCACAAGCGAUCUGCUCCCACUUUGGUCGCCUUCCUGACAAAAUUUUGAGGUUUCCGAAGAGGACGCGGCAACUGGGGGGAAAAUCUAGUCUCGCUUUGGGGAAAAGGGGGACAGUGCCGACAAAGGAGUUAAAUUUAGCAUCAAAGAACAAUGAUGGUAUUCCGACUGGUGAAGUAUUUCAACGUGGACGUACUUCGCUGAGCUCUCAGCACAUGCUUUCACCUGGUGCAGCACCAGGUCGCAUGUGUGUUUGAAACAGGUGUCACCUUGCUGCUCACGAGUAGGUGUAUCAUUCAGGCGAGCUGUGUCCAGGUAUUGUAAACCUGCACAUAGUUGUGUUGGCCUCUCCGUUAUCCAGUCUCACUCAUACCUACCUGAAGAGCCAACAUCAACGGUAGGAAAAAUUCACCUGGGACCUGUCUGUUCUCCAGCUGAACUGUUCUUAAUCACCUGCCUCAGUGUGCCUGGCAAGAUGGUUUUCCAGUGGAGGAACAGGUGGUGACCGCGAUCUACGCCAGAAAUUAAUCGUUUAUCAAGACUAGGAAACCGUUUGAGAUAGUUUCACCUCAGACAGCAGACGACACAAACGCUGAUUUGUGUGUGCGUGUGGUUUCAGACGUCGAGGAGUUUGAAAAAACCAACCUGAUCUGGCUGAGUGAAAGGGAAAGACAGAGAGAUCGGACAAAAGUACUUAAACAGAAGUAAAGCAGGGUACCGUGCUUCUACCGUGUCUCAUUCCUUCCACUGAACUAGCAAUUUUGUACACGGCCCUGAACGUUCAACUUCAGCAGCGACGACACCUUUCCUUCAACGUCCAAGAACAAUAAUUCCAAGAGUCGGAAACAACAGGGAUUGAACAGAAUAACUCUCCGCUCUCAACAAUCUUGAUUGUUUAAUCGAGAAGAGUGAAAAUUUAAUACACAUUUUGUCCGCAUUGAACAGACUUUUCAUUUGAGAACUCUUGCCCGUCAAUUGUCUUUUAUCAGCAAAAUAGGAGAGUAAGAGAUUAGGUCUGAAUCUGGAUGUGAAUAGGUUUUCACGAAUGAAGCACACUGACAAUUCUUUUUCCGAAUGCGCUGACUAUGGCCAAGAUUCAGCUGCUAUCAGUGAAGUGAGAGGCAAGUCAGCGACUAGGAAGGCAGCUAGAGACCUUCACAAGACCCAAUGACACGGUUGGCUGGCUUGAAGGGAGAGUGCUUCCACCGUGCAGUGUCUUCAUCAAACAGUCUGGCCUUAUCUAGAAAUCGUCUCACCUUCAGCAAAAGGUCGGACCAUCUUCUUGUCUGUCGAGCUACUAGCGUUUGGCCCACAACUCAGACAAGCAGUCUCCAGGGCGAGCUGUCUAGGAAGCGAGCAAGUAUAUGUUACAAAGAAAUUUGAAAAAAAAAUCUUGGACUUGGAAUCAAUAGUAGAGAAACAAAUGUCUCGAAAGGGCAGCUCAAGCGGAAGUGGAGGAAAACCAGGAGGGGUGUGUGCGGGUCUGAGCCGGAUCCGGAAGUUGUCCGCGAUGGACGCCCCGGACAGAUGCCAGAGAGAAAAGCCAGCCGUCAUCACCAGGAGCCGGUCAUCGGAUAUCGGGUCCACGGGUUCUGAGAUCGAGGCUGAGCCUCCUCAGCACGAAACAGCCAUCAUACUGACUGACGAGCAGAAAGCAGAGCUGAAGCAGGCGUUUUCCAUGUUCGAGAAGGCUGGCAAGGGCAAGAUACAGGUGCGAGACCUGGGCGAGCUGUUGAGGUGUCUCGGGUGGAAUCCUUCCGAACAGGACCUCGAGGAGGCGCGGCACGAGCUGGAGGUCACAGGUCAGUGCACAAGAGGGACUAUCUCCUUCGCUGACGUGGAAGCAUAUAUAGCACGAAGAGGUGGCAUUUACUAUGGCAACAACGCGGAAGAAGACAUCCUGGUGGCUUUCCAGGUUUUGGACAAAAGCGGCAACGGCAAGAUUGAGGUGGAGGAGUUCCGUCACUUUAUGACGACCAUGGGCGAGAGGAUGACCAACGAAGAGGUGGAGGACCUCCUGAGGUCAGCCAGGCGUGACGGCGAGGAGUUCAUUGAGUACAAAGAUCUCAUGCGAGCCAUGCAGCAACACCCCACGUGACCAAAUGUGACAACACCAUUGGCAGAAUCUAAAAAACCAACGCCUGACUGACCGUCUCUGCGUUGUGACCUUCGGCAACGGCAGGAGCCUCGAUUUCGGAUUGCAAGCCAAUCAAAUCUGCCCAGCGAUGUGACGACACAUCACGUGGUCUCGCCUCCGCACCAAUGGCAGCAUGAAGCACGACAUUCCUGUUUUGCGACCCCAGACCGGAUUUCCGGUUGCUUUUAUUUUUUUUUUUUUAUUCGAUAGACGAGCUUUGGGACUGCACUGAAAAUACUCACAAUCUAUUGGUCGAUAUAUUUAACUCACACACUUCAUCUUUUCUCUUGUUUUUAUAAUCGUUUGCACUAAUCUGUAGUCAAGGAAGAAAGACACUUCUGAAUAUUUCACUUUAUAAUCACAUAAUCACACUUGCACACAAAGUCUAGCGUUUUACAUCCUUCACUGACUGAUUUUUAAAUCGUGAUAUUUCCCCUUCUAUUUUUGGGAGAAAAAGCUUUGUAUUUUUCUGUAAGUAUUCAUCUUCAGCUCUAUCUUUUAUAAUUAUAGUCUAAGAAUAUCUGGACUUAAUGUGACAUUUUCCUACAUCUGAUUCACUUUUCCCUUUCCGCAAGUCCAACGGGUAUUUAAACUCUUCCACAGCCCCUCAACCUUAGACUCUUUUCUACAAAUUGUGGAAAUUAUGUACAUGAACCUGUUAUAACAAGUCUAACAAAACGAAUAGAAAAAAACAAAAGGCAGAAUGCUUAUGUUUAUGAAACUUUUGUUAAUAUGUCUAGCAAUUCGCAUUCCAACAGAAAAACACAAAACAAUCUCUUUUAUCACAGCAUUUUCUUUAAUUUUGAUAUUAAUUAGACAAUAUAGCAAUUAACUAACAUAAAUUACUGGACUUAAUCGACCUUACUCAAACAGUUAGCUGAAUAUGAAAUAAGUGAGUAUGCGGUAGGACAAUUUGUACAGACCUUAUUUUAAAUAAAUGUAUUUAAACUUCACGAAAAACAGCAAAUAACUGUUUUAUAUAAAAUUUAUAUCUUUAUUAUAUAAACCUCACUAAAUAUUCAAGUUUAUUCUGAACAUAAUGGAAUAAAUAACAUGUAAAUAAUAUCUUUGCCUGUAGCACAAAAUUCUUUAUUAUCAUGACAAUCAAUAGCUGAACCCACACUUGCACUACAAGGGAAAUAACUAACCAUCGAUGUUAAUAAUUUUUUUACCUCAGAAAAACUCUUUCUCUACGCACAAAUAAUAUUAUAAGAUAGUUCGAAUUUUUCAGUUCAUUUAAAGUAAAUCCAGUGGAAUGUAAAUGGCAGUGAACUGUGGUUUAUAUCUAUUAAAGUUGGUGAAUUAGACAGACCACCCAUUCUAAUAAACUAGAAUUCCAAAUGCAGUGAGAUAAUUUGGUGAUAAUGGUUAAAUAACAGAAUUGUUGCCAGUCAUCUGACAGAAAAGUUAAUUUGAAAGAUGUAAAGUAGUGUUAGGAAGAACAGUUGCAGACAUUGUAGUGGACACAAGUAAAACAAAAACAAGGAACCGCCAUGUUUGAAAGCUGCUCAUCAACUGUCGGCUAUCUUACAUUUAGAGAAACCAAAACUCAUUUAGCUGAAGUUGGUUUGUAGCUACACAACCUACCAGUAAACUCAAUAGUUACAUAUUUUCUGUCGUAGAAAAAUAACUACUAAUAGUUAUUACCAGCAUACAUCUAAUUGCAAAAGCAGGGCUGAAAUCUUGGCUUUCAUACGAGUCAGGUUUGUGACUGUGUACCUAUAAUUUUUUCAAUACAUUUAAAUAACUGCUAACAAUAUAAUUUAAUAUUUUAUAUUGUCAUUCAUAGCAUUUUUACUUGAGACAUUAGUUCAAAGCGCACAGAGAUAAGAGCAGAAGAAGGAAAACCAUUUAUCAGAUGGAUGGAGAAAAAUUAAGUGAGGGAGGGAGAAACAAAGAAAAUUUAUUAUCUGAUACUGUUUGUGCUCAUAGCAAUAGUUCAGUGCAUACAUUCCACUGUAAAUUACAUCGGUCCGCGUGAAUUGAUGAGAGGAAUAUUAAUUUAUGACCCGAAUGACCCUAGACUGAAACGUUUACACCGCCAUCUACAUCCUCCGUCACAGACUCACAGACGUUCACAUGUACGCACUCCUUCUUUCUCUCUCUCUCACACACACACGGACACAUACGAGGCUGAUUCGUGUUUCUGCAGCUAUUUAUAUCCUCAAGAUGCAGCUUCCAUGUUGUCAAUGAUUCCACCUGCUCCAUACUUACCUCCCUUGCAGCGUUUGUUCAGGGAAAACAAAAAUACUGCUUUUUCCUCAGACUGCUCGGCCUUCACCCGGCCGCAACGAAUUUUGACCUUUGCCCCUUCCUCCCCAUGCCUUGUUGACCCGUUUCAAUUGCACAAUGUUGUUACACUCACACAGCAGUUUGAAGACAGCCUUCCACAAUCUGUCUGCACUUGGCGAAGACUAGACUCCAGAUGGUCAGCUUCUUCGCUAACCUAGCAUUAUGUUGUUUCAAGCAUUCCACUCGAUUAAAUAAACCAGUGGUGUAUUCAAUUGUCUUUAUUUGACAGUUUUAAUCAAGACAGCACGAUACCAACAAACAACAUCUAUCAUCUCCCUUUAUCUCCUCCUUUCUCCUCAUCCCGUCUCUCACCGCCAUUAACAAUGGCCAGUAUUGUCUGAGACCUCAGUCACCCAGAUGAGAUUUCACUGAAAUAUUCUCUGCGUAGUAAUGUGUUUCUACAGAAACAAAGUGUACACAAAGCUCAUAUCGUAGUUAUGAGACAGAGAUAAAUUCCUACCCUCUAGUUUGAUUGACUUUCCCUCAAAGCCUCCAGUCUUCAGUCCUCAAAGCUGUGGACGAUACCCAAGAUGUGGUUUUGGAGAUGAUCAGAUAGUCUCCACAUUCUGGACUUGUUUCCAAAUAAAAGACACCCCAACACUUACUCGUUCAUAGCUAAUCCCUGGGUAGGGUUACCUCAGCUUCGUGACCACGACCUCAGAGGUUCCCCGUCUUUCGCCCUGGACUCACUCUCUAAACUUUUUAUAUAAAAAAUGAACAGUCAGGAGAGUGUGAAAAUGUUUACCGGGAUUUGAUUCUUUAGAUGUCAGUAAACAACUUUAAAUAAGCUCUUUAAACAUCGUCAAUGUUGAACCAUUUGUGUACAUUGUGCCUGAGUUUAAUAAAAUAAGUCUGACAAAUUAAUUUAUUAUAUAACACUCUUAGAUAACUUUUUUGGCAUGCAUCCUUUCUCCUCUUGUCGACUUUUUUUUAAUUAUAAGAUACACCUUACACAUUUUUCCGCGCAUAAAACUUGUCUUUCAGAGGAUCACGACAUUUUCUUGAAUCAAAGAAUGUAUAUUUGUAUGGGAAAAUGAUGCACUCCAUCCUAUUUACAAGUGCACAUCUACUUUUACAGACUAUUACAACAGUAUUGUAUUGAAUAAUUCCAGUUUUUCUCUCUUUCUUAUGAAAUUUAGAUACUUUGUUAACAGUCAUUGGACACACUUUUUUUUUAAUUUCUAAAAAUAUAUUUGGGUCUUUUAUUUCUGUUUUAGCUGGGUUCUGUCCUAACUCUACUUUCUUAGUGUUAAAAAAGAUUCUGAAUAAGCUCUUCAUUCUAUUUCAUGUUUUGGCUUUGUUUUUGGAUUUACAAUAUCUAUGGAAAAGAAGUUUAUAAAGUUUUAUUGGGGUUGUAAUGUUAUUUGGAAAGCGCACAUUAGUUUUACAAAUACUGGCAGAACAGUUGUAGCAACUUUAAAAUGUUUUCAAAGGCAAUCUGCAUUUUACACUUUUUACACCUUCUCUUCUUGUUUUACAAAUCUGUUCAGUUGCUAGCAUCGUCAGAAUAGUGUUAUCAUUUUGCUCUGAAACUUGUUUCUGGCUUAAAUAAGAAUUUGAUAUUAAGCAUCCGCUGAACACUUUAAUGUUUUUAUUCUCUUUGAAUAAAUUUUACAGACUGUAAAGUCGCACCUUA